UCUUCCCUCCCCCUUUCCAGCUCCUCCUCCUCCCUCCUCCUCCUCCUCCAGCCCUUGUGUGGGACUCCAUUUUCCCAGCCCCAAAGUCUCCAAGGAAGGGACCGUGGGAGCGCGCAUCCAAGAUGGAAUAGACCCGAGUUCUUUCUCCAAACGUCGCCCUUGCGCCGCCGCUUGCGAAACCAGGGACAGAGCGCCGGGCUUUUGUGCGGACGCGACUUCUUCGCCUCGGGGCUUGCCCAGAAUGGAUGAGCAAGGGAGGCUGAUCCAAGCCAGGGGGGCUGUGGGGCUCCCGGGUCACCCGCCGGUGCAAGGAGUCCAGACGAUGACCCCCCACUCGCUCCACGACCCUCCCUCGGAUAACGGAGAGCCGCGGAAACAAGACAUCGGCGACAUCCUCCAGCAGAUCAUGACCAUCACCGACCAAAGCUUGGACGAAGCGCAGGCAAAUUUAAACUGCAGGAAACACGCACUGAAUUGUCACCGCAUGAAGCCGGCCCUGUUCACUGUCCUCUGUGAAAUCAAAGAAAAAACAGGACUCAGCAUCCGAAGCUCACAGGAGGAGGAACCCGUUGACCCACAGCUGAUGCGCCUGGAUAAUAUGCUCCUAGCUGAGGGGGUAGCAGGACCUGAGAAAGGGGGGGGCUCUGCCGCUGCUGCAGCCGCUGCUGCAGCGGCAGGGGGCGUGUCCCCGGAUAACUCCAUUGAGCAUUCCGACUAUCGCAACAAGCUUUCCCAGAUCCGCCAGAUCUACCACUCGGAGCUCGAGAAGUAUGAACAGGCCUGCAAUGAGUUCACAACCCAUGUGAUGAACCUGCUUCGAGAGCAGAGCCGCACACGCCCCGUGUCGCCCAAGGAGAUUGAGCGCAUGGUCAGCAUCAUCCACCGGAAGUUCAGCUCUAUCCAGAUGCAGCUGAAACAGAGCACAUGCGAGGCUGUCAUGAUUCUGCGCUCCCGCUUCCUCGAUGCCAGACGGAAGCGACGCAAUUUCAGCAAACAGGCCACCGAGGUGCUCAAUGAGUAUUUCUACUCACACCUGAGCAACCCAUACCCCAGUGAGGAGGCCAAGGAGGAGCUUGCCAAGAAAUGUGGCAUCACAGUCUCACAGGUCUCCAACUGGUUCGGGAACAAGCGCAUCCGCUAUAAGAAGAACAUCGGCAAGUUCCAAGAGGAAGCCAAUAUUUACGCCGUGAAAACGGCUGUCAGCGCCGCACAGAGUGGGGGCGACUCCCCCAACACCCCCUCCUCCGCGGGCUCUGGCGGUUCCUUCAAUCUCUCCAGUUCUGGGGAUAUGUUUAUGGGCCUUCAGGGCCUAAAUGGAGAUUCCUAUCCUACAUCACAGGUGGAAUCAAUGCGUCACUCUAUGGGACCCAGUGGCUAUGGGGACAGUAUGGGUGCUAGCCAGAUGUACAGCCCACGGGAAAUGAGGGCCAAUGGUGGCUGGCAGGAAGCAGCCACCCCAUCUUCUGUGACCUCCCCAACAGAAGGUCCUGGCAGCGUUCACUCCGACACCUCCAACUGAUCCUCCUGGGCCGUGCCCCCUCCCCACUUUCUCACUCCUUCUGGCUCCAGGGAAGAGAAAAAUGCCAGUGCUGAACUAGGCUGGGCAGGGAAAGAACUCUUUUCACUGCCAGAGGAUUGCUGCAUCACGGUGCCGGGGAAGGGAGGGGGAGGGGAUCUAGUACAGCACCUCUUGGGAUUCAAGGUGGCAGUGCUCCAUGGGGAAGACAAUUCAAGAUGUCCCUGGUGUGAUCCAAGCUGGUAAUCUUUCCAUGAUCCUGAUCCACACACCUCUUAGUAACCAUGCUGCAACUCUAGCAAUGAAGGGGACCCAAUAUGGUGACACAGG